CGCCUGCAUUUGUAACGGGUGGAUGACGUUUGCAUAGAAGCAGGCGUUGCUCGGGCGCACCUCAUUUUGGGGUGCCGAUGAACGAAGAUCCACGGCACACCGGAAAUGGACCCGGCCAGCGACACCGUCGUCAACCCCAAUAAACCCCUGUCAGGGCAACUUACAAGGCGAGCAAUUUUGCGCAAUACCAUGCCGCCGGCAUUGAAGACGGACGGAGAAGUCCAAGCCGUUGAAAACAACGGUCAGAUUCAUGCGGCGCCUCAAAGUCCUCCGGGAUCCGAUUUUGGCCGGUGCUGGAGUAGCAAGGAACCUGUUUUUGCGCGGCCGGUGCCAGUGGAACGGAGCGCCAGCGGGUGCACACAAGGAACGCUAUGCUUGGCCGCACAAAAGGAAGGCUCUGCCGCUCUCGAGCUGUCGUUGAAUGUCAGCACGCGCAGAGCAAAGGGCAACGAAGCAGAACGGGACACGCAAACCGUGUGCCCCAAUGUCCACGUCAUCCGUUCCCGCCGUCCCAGCCACUUGCGACACGUGGCACGACAUGAUGAUAAUGAUGACGACGGUGAUGAACACGAUGAUAGUGACGAUUACGGUGGUGAUGUUGAUCUGGGCGACGAUGUCGCUGACGAUGAUGACGAUGUUGAUGAUGAUGAUGAUGUCGAUGAUGAUGUUCGUGAUGAUGAUGAUUGUGAUGACGACGAUGAUGAUGAUGACGAUGAUGACGACGAUGAUGACGAUGAUGAUGACGAUGUUGAUGAUGGCGAUGACAACGAAGAGGACGAUGGUGGUGAUUUUGAUGACGGCGACGAUGUCGCUGAUGAUGAUGUUGUUGAUGACGUUGAUGAUGUUGAUGAUGAUGUCGAUGAUGAUGACGAUGUUGAUGACGUUGACGAGGUUGAUGAUGAUGUUGUUGAUGAUGAUGAUGAUGUUGAUGAAGAUGAUGAUGAUCACGAUGACAAUGAUGGUGAUGAUGAUGAUGAUGAUGAAGAUGAUGACGCUGAUGGUGGUGGCGACGAUGAUGGUGAUGAUGGGGGCGAUGAUGAUGAUGAUGAUAGCAAGCAAGAAUCACGGGGCCGCUCGCGAGGAAAGAAUGAGCGGGAAUCAGAAGGGGACACAGAAACCAUGUGGCCCAAUGUCACCGACAUCCUUUCCCUCCGUUGCGUGAUGGAGGGGACCUUCUCGACACCACGCAUCUUUGAGUCGAUCUUCUCGAGACCACAGGCCAUGAGUGCCGAGACGCACAUUCGCUUAGCAGAACCUUUUCGUCCUUGUGCGAAAUCCGUGCGGCAUUUCAAUGGUGUGACGACGAUCCACGGAGCGACCGCAGAGGACUUCGACGAGGACCCAUGGAUGACCGUCGUUCCGUGCAGGGACGCGCAUCUUGACGACUGGGGCGAGGGCAAUUGGGCCAGUAUGGAGAGUCACUGCCCUUGGGCAAGCCAGUACAAGUUCGCAAAUAUGUUGGAGUUCAGGGACCUCAUCCCACUGCCUGCCGCCGUCCUCGGACAUAAGUUCCUGAACCAUAUGCAGAAAGCACUAAGCUGCAUUAGCCGCUAUUUCAGUCGCCUCGAGUGCCACAACGUCAGGUCGUCGCCACGAACUUGGGGUGGCUCGCGGAAACAAGAGUUGGCGGACUGCACUCGUCGCUGCUCGUUCCUGGACCAGUACCCGCUCCGUUGCCCCGAGAUUUCUCCACGAGCUGUGUCGUACUGCUGUGUGCGGUUGACUGUGUCCGGAUCUGAUUUCGCCAGAGUUUUGUGUGUCGCUGCUUCGAACAAGAGCAAGAAACUCUUCGACGCAGUUGUGCUCGUGUCGCGCAACGAGGUUGUGAUUGAAGGGUCCAAAUUUGUGCCGAUGCGUGGGCCUGAACGUGUGGAUGGGUGGCCAGAUUUGGUGAUAGCAGACAAUAUGGCUUCGUCCAGGGGCGAAGGGGAGCCUGCAGCGACCUCCGGGAUGGGAUCUGGGAAAGAUUCUACAAAACGGUCGUCAACGACCUCGAGGACGUGGUCCGACCACGCUAGGUCGAAAUGGUUCGUCGACUGGUGCUGUGCUGAUGCUACGAACCCAGUCCAACAGCCGUGUGGUCCUGUGAUCUUCGUCGAAGCCAACAAGCGCCGCAGGGUUCUGGGGGCUGUCUUGCGGUGGGAGAAUGCGAAAGGCAGUCGUCUACGGUUUUACAUAAAAAAUGUGUACGGUUCGAAGGGGAACGUCGUCGCCGGUGCCAAUAGGGCAGUUCUCGACAUAUGUCUGUUCGAGGGGUUCGGAGCGGGUGCUGCGAACACCCCGUUCUACAACGACCUCCGGCGGCAGGGCGGGUUUGUUUUGGGUCGAGAGUUCUUCGACCUGUUCGAGGACAAGGGCAUCGCCCUCGACGUCCCUUGCGAAGUCGGUCCCGACCUGGAACUAUCAAUGCCUUUGCAGCCGUGCGGCGGUUGUGAGUCGAGCAGGGCAGCGGGGGAGGGGGGGGAUCAGGGUUCCAGGGAGGCUACACAUGUGCAGCGGAAGGAUGGCAGAGGUCAGUUUGACGACAACGAAGAUGAGGCGACACCACGUCCGCUGUUUUCGCCGUCGAGGGAAAGAGACAGGUCCAUGCUGUCCAUACCUGGGGUCCGGCAACAGACCGCAGCGGAUCCCGGAGAAGAGGGAGUCCUGUGUGGGUCUGGCUUGGAGCCCGCCGAGGGCCAUGGCGCAGAAGGCGAGGCCGUGGGCGGGGAGGGAGCGCACGACACUCCCCCAGAAAGGAGGGGAGAAUGUCAAGAAGAGUUGGUGGGCUCUUUGAAGAAACAGAAGACCAAGACCCCGUGGACUGCGGGAGAGAAACGGAAGGGGAGGGGGGUGGAAGAGGGUCACCCGGGGUAUUUUCUUGUUAGUUCACGGGACAACAAGAAGGACCUGAAGGCGCCUCCCAGACAAUUGAAACUUUCUAUGAAAGACAUUCGAUGGCAGUGGAAGCAUGACGGCUGCCCGAGAGCUGUGAUGGGGAACCAUAGCGGGAAACAAGAUCAGGUCCGGGCUUGGCGUAAGUUUUGUACAACAGCGCUCCAUAAGGCGCCUCAAAACAGCUUGUGGCUUCUCGCGGAUCAAAAGGAAGAGGAGGCCAUUAAGAAGCAAAAUGCUGCCCUGCGUUCUUACUUACCUCUGGCGAUGGCCGGGGAAAAUGUAUGGAAACUGGCCGUGGAAUUUUUCGAAAAAUGGGAGACGGGCAGAUUGCUGAGCCACGAUGGGGCGAAGUGGACUGUCAAAAAGAAGAAGCUCAAAAGCGUAAAGCCUGGGGUCGCCUACAUCCACAACGACAAAUUGGGCAGAACGGAGGUGGUGUACAACGUCCCCGUGGAUCCGCCGAAUAAAAAGGGCAAAAAGGAGAAAGAGGAGGGYGAUUGGUUCGUGCAAGUGCCAGACCCGGACGCGCAUUGUUGGAAAGCAAUGGAAUCACUCACGGACAAUGAGAAGUGUCGCGUUCUGAAAAAGGUGCUUGCUUGCGAGGUSGUUUGGGUCCAGGCCGGCUCCCCGUCGUUGACGAAGUUGGGAAAGCUCAGCGUGCAGGACAUGGUUCAGUUGGUGAAGUGCGACCGCGUGCUGGUCCGGUUGUGGAAUUACUACCAAUUCAAGCACGAGAAGAGGCCGGACGCAGACUGGAUCCAAAGGUACCCUUUCCUGAAAUCGAGGUCUGUCGUGUUCAAGAAGUUUGAAGGUCAAGGAUUGGAUGACGAGUUGUGGGAUAACAGCAGGAAACACGUUUCCGACUCGGCGUUGUUCAAGGACUGCCCGCCGUACAUGGGUUGCGACCAGGACAACUCGAUUGAGGUGACGGAGAAGUUAGCGGGCCACAAGAAGUUGUCCGUCGACUGGAGAAACAAGGUUCUCUCCGUGUUGAAUGGAAGCAGACUGAAGAGCCGGGAAGUCGCAUUUGCCGAAGGCGUCAUUCACAUUAAAUGGAAAGACAUGGGGGACGUGACAUCCAUCGCACCGUUCGCCAACGACCCUUUAGAGGCGGACAUCAGGGGCGCAGAGCUGAAGGAGGCAAUGGUUGCCACAAAGAGCCACACGUUCGUCCUCGAUCUGUACGAGCCGGUUGACCUCAAACUGUGGAAGCCCCAAGCGUGGGAGACUUUGAAUUCCUAUCUUCAGACGUGGUGUCCCUCGCAUUGGACUCUCGUUGUUUUCGUGCCGCGGCAGCACAACCUGUCGUUUCUCGCCAGCAUGCACCAUCUUUCUUUCGUCAAGCUGUUGGAAGGGAAGUGGGUGCGGAGAGUGCAGCAAAAAAAAAGCUUCCCCGUUGGGAACAAUUUGUACACGGAGGAAGACCGCAUGUACAUCCUCGUCAAGGGUGACGAUCUGCGCGUCAACACGUCCGUGGUCUACGAGGGAAACCUGCCCACGGGGCAGCGUCUACGGGAUAUGGAGCGCAAUCCAACCCAAUUCGUCGGUCUUCUUGAUUUUCUUGGCAAGAAGGGAGAGGGUGUCGUGUUCCUUGGAAAACCGCACGCGCGAAGCGUCUGGGAGCUUCUGAAGGCCGGCCGACACGUUGUCGCAAUGGAAGGGAACUCCGACCUCUUGCAAUUCACGAUGCAGGUGGUGAAAAGCGAGGUCAAUUCGAGUGGGCACAAUUGUGAGUUCAUGGUCGUGAGGCCAACACGGGAUAAGGUGUGGAGCAAGAAGACAGAUAUGUGGUUCAAGUUGAGCGAGAGGAAGAGGAACAAGAUAUACGAUUUCUUGUUUCUUCAAACGUGUCCGAGGAGGGUCACUGACGCCGAGUACAUCCGCCUGAAGGACCACAUAUUGGCACUGCUCGACAACUACCACUUCGCCCCCCGCAUGAACGCGAAGAUGUUUAUCGAAAGGCUGCAAUCGUUGUACUUCGUGGAGUCCGAGGAGCUGUUGAAGUUAGCCAGUUACGCUUCCCUGAUCUCCACUGACAACGAGGACGUCAUAGGUGUGGAGUUUGUCGCCAACGCGAAGGAGGAGGAGAGCGACACGGAGAGCAUCGACCUGCAGUACGACCCGCCUCCGGCGGACCACGGCCGAGGGUCCUCGUCGGCCGGUCCAUCACCAAGCGCUGCAGCCCUCGUGUCACCAUUGGCCAAAUCGGCGCCGGGCACCACGCCGAUGAAGUUGCUGGAGAGACUUAGAGCUCUGGCCGCCCCCGCGCCCGCUUUGCCGAUACGAAAUGGCGAGUGGGUCAUUGCCGUGGCAAUCCCGGGCGCGGGAAGGGUGUCAUUCCCACGCGAGUCGAAGUCCAACUUCUUGCACCUCGCGAGAAUUUCGGUCCUCCAGAAAGUGAAGGUCGAAAAUGACACUUUAGCACCCGGCGACCUGUCCCUCAUUUCCACUAUCGGUCGACUGUUUGACGAGCUUCAGGACAAGUGCUGGUUGGAAUUGACGGAGGACUACUACGAGCUCGACACGAGUCCGUCGAAGGGCGUGGUGGACUGGAAAGUGCCCCCUCCCAGUGGGCCGAACAGUGGUUCCGGGGGGGGGUCACCUGGAAGCGGAGGGGAUGGGGGUGACGACGCAGGGGGUGGCAAAGGAAUCCCGCCUAUGGGGGAGAGAGGGUCUCACGGCCGCAACACGACACCGGGAGGCAGCGCCGGGGUGGCGGGUUUCGCUGUCGACCGGACUCCGUCGACAGGCACCCGGCCCGAGCACACGACACACUCCACCGACCCCCAGACUUCGUCCGUGGGCUCAGUGAGGGACACGUUGGCAUCCUUGGUUGCUCUGGGCAUUCGCUCGGCCGGAAAGCCAAAGUCCGCCGGGAUCCGAACUACGUCAGCGCAGGACGGAGACGUCGGAAUGGUGUCGCCUGAGCGGGAGCGACGGCCGCAAGGAUUGCAGCGGGAGGCUGCAAGUGCAGGGUCCGGCGACACGGAGACCACGAAGUCCGUCGAGAUCCGAACUUCUUCGGGCGGGGUUUGUCGGCCAGGGAUUGUCGUGCCGUUGAGAGGGGCAGCGUGCACGGGGACGGAAGGGCGGUCCUCGCGAUUCGGCACGGGUAACGCGGAAAGGGACGAGUUUCGUGGGAGGGAAGUAGGGGAGGAAACGGAGGAACAGAAGGGAGCGCAAGAAGGGGAGGAAGAAGGGGAAGAAGAGGUGGAAGGGGAGGAAGCGGGAGAAACGGAGCUAAUUGAUUUGUUUAAAGGAAGGGAGGGUGCCGCGUCUGGAGAAGAUGAAGUGGAACACAGUGAGGACGAUGCCGGAUCUGGAGAGUCGUCUGACGAGUUCGGACAACUAUACGGAGAGCAUCACGAGGAUGAUGUCGACGACAAUGCCACAGCAAUAGAGAUGGAGACACAAGUGGUCAGCAUCCUUUCCGCAGAGCCUGAAGAUUAUGUGGUCCGGCCACUGACGUCUGCUGUCGACUUGCAGCACCGGUUCGACGAGGCUUCCGUCGCUAUCAGCCUGUCUGAAAAAAGUCGACAUAUAAGCAUCGACGAAGUUAUCGACGGUAUCCUCGGCGACCACAACGUGUCUGCCCGUCCGUCCGCAACUGCCAACGUCGCAUCUUCCGUCGCAGCUGCCCUCGCUUCGUCGCCGCCGAAGUCUCUGGUGCUGCAGGCCACCCUUGCCGCCGAAGGGGAAGGCGAGUGAGGUGGAGGACAGCAUUUGACGUCCCCAAAAAAAUCGAGGUUCGGCGGUCAGGCUCUCGACGUGCUCGCUUUGCCUGCACCAAAUUCACCAUCGAAGGAGCGGAGAGAGAAACAGACUAGUAAACCGUGAAGAACGCC